CAUUUGAUCUCGGACCGUGACCGCAGAUUUUGGAAAUUUCUGGCAUCCCGGUGUCUACUGAAAGGCCCCACCCACUGCCCUACUCUCAUAGGCAGCUACCUGAGCCGCUUCCUGGGCUGGCUCUGGGCCAGAAAGCUGCGCCCCGCCCAGAAGCACUGGGCCCUGCGGUCCAGGCCCUUCUUCCUCAGCCCCCAGAUCCAGGAGAACUGCAAGGUCACCUACUUCCAAGGGAAGCACUGGGUCCGCACUCGGCCCCUCCCCACCGCUCCUCCCAGCUGGGACUACCCCCGCAUCCGCAUCCGCAUCCGCAUCCGGAGAGAGAUGGUCCCCGCCCCCAUCCACCCGGAGAUGGUCCCCCAGGCCUGGAGGUGCUUUCCCAACAGGCCGCCGCUGCUGAGCAACAUCAGGCCUGAUUUCUCCGAGGCUCGCGUGGCUUACGUGAAGCGGUGUCUUUGGACCGCCCGCCACUCCCCCAGCCUGUCCACAGCCUGGUGACUGUGAAAAUCACCCCGCCGGAGCGCAGAGGGAGCCGGACGCCCAGGCCAUCUGCCUUCAAGCCUGUGAUGAGAAACGGAGUGGCCCAUUCCUUUGUGCCCAGGUCUAGGCCGCUGAGCAGAGGCCCCCACUCCCAGGCAGCGUUGGCUCCAUCCCCCCUGGCGGCCGCCUGCCAUGCUGCAGGAUGUGCGGCUGCCAGGCGCCCGGUCACCGAGCCACCGCAGGAGCGCUGGGCCUGCGGGCAGCACUGCCCUGACGCCUCAGGCUUGCCUGCACCUGGAAGGAGCUUCGCCAGGGGGACCAUGAGCCUCUGAGCACACCCAGCCUGCUGCCCAGCUCCAAGAGUCAGGCCUCUGCCACCACCUCCUGAGCCUCCAGCCCUCAGCGCCUUCACCCUACUCACUGUGGUUCCACCCCCACACCAGCCACCGGCCCCACCAGGGCACUUUCCACUGCUCCAGCCGACCACUCAGCGAGCCCCAGGCCCACCUCUCCUCUCCCUUAAAACCCUUGCCUUUUCCUUGCGCAUUGGCCCCUGCCUUCUCCCUGGAGACAGAAGGCAUGCUUCUCCGCAGUUUCCCCAGUUUCUGCAAUAAAAUAUUUGUUGUUGUUAA